GACUGCAACAAUUGCGUUUAGGCAUCAGCCAGAUUCCCGGAAUGGAGAAUAGCGAAGGAAUGGAGGUGGAUGGCUGGGACUCUGCGUUAGAGGAUGAACUGGGCGUCUCACUGGAUGAACUGAGGAAGUGGAUUGAGGAUGCAGUGGAGCAGAGCGAGUUUGUGCAGAAGAGGAAGGCUCAGCUGACUGAGCUCAAGGAGUGGGUGGAGAAAAAAGAGGAGGAGGAGGCUGAGACUGAGAAGCUCAUCAGUACUGCCAACCAAUCCAUUCUAGAGUGCGAGAAGCUAGUGAAGGCAACAUACCGUAGGAAUGGCCUGGUCUACAAGGAGAGCAGCUCUGAAGAUGAUGAGGGCAGAGGAGGGGACCUGUCCUCUGAGGUCAUCGAGAUUGACGAUGAUGAAGAUGAUGACGUCAUUGCCGUCGGCUGCUUGGUUCCGCCUAAGAAUCCUGUCACUCCUGUCAAGGACUCAGCGUUUAAGGAUGCAUCGGCAAUCCUACAGAAGUCCGCCCAGCAAGUUCAGAAGUUGGUCCAAAUAGUCAGUAGGAGUCCAGCUGCUGCAAUGCCCCGAACCCCAACACAGCCUUCAGGCCAGUCAGGUAUUCAGUCUGCGAUGCCAGCAGUAUUUGUGUCACAGGCACUGGGCCACACUCCAACUCAGCCUAACCCUGCCCUCAAAGAGGAUGAGCUCAAACUAGACAUGAGCAUUCUGGGAAAGAAACGCACUAAGACCUGGCACAGAGGCACCCUCAUAGCCAUCAAUCCUGUUGGUAAUGGUACAUUUAAGUACAAAGUUAAGUUUGACAACAAAGGAAAAAGUCUGCUCUCUGGGAAUCAUGUAGCUUUUGACUAUCACCCUACCCUGGAGAGUCUGUACGUUGGAGCCCGAGUGGUUGCCAAGUAUAAGGAUAGCAACUUGGUAUGGCUCUAUGCUGGCAUAGUAGCAGAGAUGCCCAACAACAAGAACCGAAUGAGGUUCCUGAUCUUCUUUGAUGAUGGUUAUGCCUCAUAUGUGACACUACCUGAGCUCUACCCUGUUUGUCGACCACUCAAGCGGACAUGGGAGGAUAUAGAGGACGCAUCGUGUCGAGAUUUCAUCGAGGAGUAUAUCACUGCAUAUCCCAGCAGGCCUAUGGUGCUGCUGAAGGUGGGCCAGAUCAUCAAAACGGAGUGGGAGGGGACCUGGUGGAAGAGCAAAGUGGAGGAGGUGGACGGAAGCCUGGUCAAAAUCCUUUUCCUGGAUGACAAGAGGAGCGAGUGGAUCUACAGAGGCUCAACCAGGCUGGAGCCAAUGUUCAACCUGAAAAUGACCACUGCCAACACCCAGGAAAAGAAGCUGGCAGGCCAGCAGAGAACACGACCCAACAUGGGAGCGCUGAGAAGCAAGGGCCCUGUAGUUCAGUACACAAGUGAGGGCAACAUCGGAGCGUCUCCUUCCAAAGUGCCCCAGGCCUCCCUUGCUCCUGCAGGCAGCAUUCCGCCUGCCCAGUCUCCACAGUCAGCACAGCUUCAGCAGUCUCCACGCAUCGAUAACAAACAGCAGAUGGCGAAAAAAAGCACAUCUCCAUUUGUUCCCGGUGUAGGAGGCACGCAUGCCUCCAAAAUCAUGCAGUCCCUCAGCACCAUUUCCAGCAGCCUUCCCAGUGGAAGACCACUGAAUAGCCCAGCUGUGGUGAGCCCCACUUUCAUGCAGAGACAGUUGCCCCUUCUGGCUCCUGCUCCUGCUCCUGCUCCUGCUCCUGUUCCUGUUCCUGUUCCCGUUCCCGUUCCCGUUCCUGCUCCUGCUCCUGCUCCUGCUCCUGCGCCCAUUCCCGCAGCUCCCCCACUUCCCCAGGCCCCGGCUAUUGCCAGCAUCCCCCACCAGCCCUCCUAUCGUGCACCAACCGACCGCAUCUUCUACCUGACACACACUUGCCAGCCUGCCUGUCUGAAUCGCAUCCGGCCCCACAAAUCAGACUUGCACAGAGGAAAGAACCCGCUGCUCACGCCCCUACUGUACGACUUCAGACGCAUGACUGGCAGGCGCAAAGUCAACCGCAAGAUGUCCUUCCAUGUGAUCUACAAGGCUCCAUGUGGGUUAUGUCUGCGUAACAUGAAGGAGAUUGAGGACUAUCUUUUCCAGACACGCUGUGACUUUAUAUUCCUUGAGAUGUUCUGUCUGGACCCCUAUGUGCUGGUUGACCGACCCUUUCAACCACAGAGGCCCUUCUACUACAUUCCAGACAUCACCGGCAACAAGGAGGACAUCCCUUUGUCCUGUGUCAAUGAGAUUGACAACACGCAGCCUCCCCAAGUCGCCUACAGUAAGGAGCGCAUACCUGAGGAUGGAGUCUUCAUCAACACCAGCCCAGACUUCCUGGUUGGCUGUGAUUGCACCGAUGGCUGUAGAGACAAGUCCAAAUGCUUUUGCCACCAGCUGACCCUUCAGGCCACAGCUUGUACUCCAGGGGCACAGAUCAACCCCAAUGCUGGAUACUUGCACAAACGAUUGGAAGAGUGUCUACCCACAGGGAUCUAUGAGUGUAAUAAGCGGUGCAAAUGCUGCAGUCAGAUGUGUACCAACCGUCUGGUGCAGCAUGGCCUACAGGUUCGCCUACAGCUCUUCAAGACCCAAAACAAAGGCUGGGGUAUCCGUUGUCUGGACGAUGUGGCCAAAGGCUCCUUUGUCUGCAUUUACGCAGGUAAGAUCUUGACAGAUGACUUUGCUGACAAAGAGGGUCUGGAGAUGGGCGAUGAGUACUUUGCUAACCUGGACCACAUAGAGAGUGUUGAGAACUUCAAGGAAGGCUACGAGAGCGAGGCCCACUGCUCGGACAGUGAGGGGAGCGGUGUUGACAUGUCCAGGAUAAAAAUCCAGCCCUCUGCCUUGGUGUCAGCCAACCCUGUUGGGCGACCACCCAAGAAGUCCGAGCUCUACAGUAGUGGAAAGGUUAAAGCCCACAACUCUGACUCAUCCAAGGACAGCAAUGACGACGACGAUGACAAGGACUCCAAGAGCGAUGAUGAGAGUGACAGCUCGGACGACACGUUCGUGAAGGACAACUACUUCAGCUCCAGCUCCGUGUGGAGGAGUUACACAACACGGGGACAGGCCAAGGGCAACAAGGAAGGGAGUCAGGACAGUAAGGAUGGAAUCAGUGUUUCAGCAGAGGGCGCAGAUGACCAGAAGCCUCCGUCCAUGCCAGAGGAGACGGGGAAGAGCAAAGUGGCAUCCUGGCUCACCAGCCAGGGGUUGAAGAAGGAAUCUGGGGAUAGGAAGAGUCUAGUUAAAACAGAGGUAGUCAAGAAGCAGGAAGUGAUGACGCUGUCCGACAGUGACGACGUUCAGACCAUCAGCUCUGGAUCUGAGGACAACAAGGACCAGGACAAAGUCAUCCAAGGGGUGACAAAGAGGCAAGUAGCAGUUAAGUCUACACGCGGCAUUGCCCUCAAGGGGAGCCACAGCCUGAUGGUAAAGAUGGGCGCACCAGCAGCCGGAGGGGGGCCAGGGGGGCAGGGGGGGAAGGGGGGACCACAGGGACAGCACGGAGGAGGAGGAGGAGGCGAUGGUGCCCCCAGAAACACGCGACAGUUCUUCGACGGUGAAGAGUCGUGCUACAUUAUUGAUGCCAAGCUAGAAGGCAACCUGGGACGAUACCUCAACCAUAGCUGUAGUCCUAACCUGUUUGUCCAGAAUGUCUUCGUCGACACCCAUGACCUCCGCUUCCCCUGGGUGGCGUUCUUUGCCAGCAAGCGUAUCCGGGCCGGUACCGAGCUGACGUGGGACUACAACUAUGAAGUGGGCAGCGUGGAGGGCAAAGAGCUGCUGUGCUGCUGCGGGUCGACUGAAUGCAGAGGGAGGUUGCUGUGAUCAGCCCGUCGUCACCCGUCCCUGUUCUGUGUCCCGGCACCGCCGCCGCCAAACCCUGCGUUGUUUUGGAUCCAGUGCAAGAGAGCUGCACCCAAAGACUUCCUCUUAGUGUCCUCUCAUAGCACAGCGGAGAUGGAUUACGCCAUCUUGUGUUGUUUUUCUUACUGAAAAAAACAAAAACAAAACCUGCUCAACACGGAAGUUAUUCCCCGAUAACGAAAAUCUCUCCAGGGGAAUCCGUAAAGCUGUAACUCAUUUCCUUUCUUUACUCUUUUUUUUUUUUUUAAGUUGAAAUACAAAUUUUUAUCAGUUCUUUGGUUGCCUUUGGUUGUUUUUCUUUUUAUAACUGUGUGUUUAUAGUUUUAUUUCAUUUUACCUGAAGAUAAGGAGUUAAAAACGUGUCUCUUGGAAAUCCUAAUAAAAUUUCUUUUCCCUGAAGGA